UUGUAGAGACAGCGCUGCAUGCUGGUGGGCAACAAGACAGAAAAGUAUGGCAGGCAUACCCAGACCCUCUCCCUCUUCCUAGCAUUUAUUAUGGAUCUGUCUCCCCUGGAGUUGGACUCUUCAUUUUUGGCUUUUGACCCCUGGAACGGGAGAGGGUUUUUGAUUUUGGCAGGAGACGAGACCUGCUGACAGCCAGUCUGGACUGAGCCACAAGCUUUUAUUUUUAAUCAGCGGAAAGCAGAAACAUUUCUUCUACAAGGACUUCGUCUUCUGCUACAUCUAAGACAGACCUCUCUGGAGGUGGGCAUUUAAGGGACCUUUCUGGCCUGUUUUGCCCCAGGACCAUGAGCGCUCUCUGGGGCAGCGUUUUGCUGCUGUGUGGGGUGGUUCUCCCCAGGGUGGGGGGCUACCAAGUCCAAGAAACCAAGAACAAUGUCCCACGGCUAAAACUCUCCUACAAAGAGAUGCUGGAGUCUAACAACCUUGUGACAUUCGAAGGCCUGGCCAACAGCUCGUCUUACCACACCUUCCUGUUGGAUGAGGAGAAAGGCAGACUGGUUGUAGGAGCCAAAGACCACAUCUUCUCCUUUAACCUCAUCAACAUCAGCAGAGACUACACACAGAUCCCUUGGACGGCUUCUCCCACCAGAAGAGACGAAUGCAAGUGGGCAGGAAAAGAUCUCUCAAGGGAGUGCGCAAAUUUCAUCAAGGUGCUGCAGCCGUUCAACCAGACCCACCUCUACGUGUGUGGGACAGGAGCCUUCCACCCAGUGUGCUCCUACCUGGAAGUGGGCAAGAAAUCAGAGGACAGCGUCUUCAGACUGGAGCCUCAUAUAGAAAACGGCAGAGGGAAGAGUCCUUAUGACCCCAAGCUGCUCACUGCCUCCAUGCUAAUUGAUGGGGAACUGUAUGCUGGGACCUCAGCUGACUUCAUGGGGCGGGAUUUCGCCAUCUUUCGCACUCUUGGUAGGCAUCAUCCAAUCAGAACGGAGCAGCAUGACUCCCGCUGGCUAAAUGAUCCCAGGUUUGUGGGCGUUCAUCAGAUCCCUGAGAGCGACAACCCAGAAGACGACAAAAUCUACCUGUUUUUCAAAGAAAACGCCAUUGAUGGAGAGCAUGCUGGGAAGGCCACACAUGCUCGCAUUGGACAGCUCUGCAAAAACGACCUGGGAGGUCACAGGAGUCUGGUAAAUAAGUGGACCACCUUCCUAAAGGCUCGACUUAUUUGCUCUGUGCCUGGCAGUAAUGGAAUAGACACACACUUUGAUGAACUACAGGAUGUUUUUCUCAUGAGCACAAAGGAUCCAAAGAGCCCAGUCAUCUAUGCAGUAUUUACCACUUCCAGCAACAUCUUCAAAGGUUCAGCUGUGUGCAUGUACAGCAUGACAGACAUCAGGAGAGUAUUCCUGGGCCCUUAUGCUCAUAGAGAUGGGCCAAACUACCAAUGGGUGCCCUUUCAAGGACGUGUUCCCUACCCCCGACCUGGCACAUGCCCAAGUAAAACAUUUGGAGGAUUUGAUACAACCAAGGACCUCCCUGAUGAAGUGGUUACAUUUGCCAGAAGUCACCCUGCCAUGUUCAACCCAGUAUACCCAAUUAACAAUCGGCCAAUCAUAGUCAAGACAGAUGUGGACUACCAGUUCACCCAGAUAGUGGUGGAUAAAGUGGAAGCAGAAGAUGGCUUAUAUGACGUCAUGUUCAUUGGCACAGACAUUGGGACGAUACUGAAAGUUGUAUCCAUCCCCCGGGGCUCCUGGCAUGACCUGGAAGAAGUCCUAUUGGAGGAAAUGACUGUUUUCAGAGAGCCAACAGCUAUCACAGCCAUGGAACUGUCAACCAAACAGCAACAACUCUACCUCGGCUCAGACAUUGGUGUGUCCCAGAUGCCUUUGCAUCGAUGUGAGGUGUAUGGGAAGGCCUGUGCUGAAUGCUGCCUGGCAAGGGACCCUUACUGUGCAUGGGAUGGCACCGAGUGCUCCAGAUACUUUCCCAUGGCUAAGAGGAGAACAAGAAGGCAAGAUAUCAGGAACGGAGACCCACUCACACAAUGCUCAGAUCUGCAGCACCAUGAUGAACUAUUUGGGCAGUCAACUCUUGUGGAUAAAAUGGUGUACGGUGUGGAGAACAGCAGCACUUUCCUUGAGUGCAGUCCCAAAUCCCAGAGAGCUCUGACAUAUUGGCAGUAUCAGCGCUCAGCAGAUGACCGCAAAAUAGAGAUCAAAUCAGAGGAACGUUUAAUCCGCACAGACCAGGGACUCCUGAUCCGCACUCUAAACAAGAAGGAUUCUGGGAUCUAUCUGUGCCAGGCAGUGGAGCACGGCUUCAUGCAGACACUCCUAAAGGUCACCUUAGAGGUCAUAGACACAGAGCGCCUGGAGGAUCUACUACAUCGCGACAAAGAGACCACAGCUGGGGUCCUUACCCAGGACCGUUCCUCACCUCAAGAGUCGCCCAAUCAGAAGCUGUGGUACAGAGACUUCCUGUCUUUGGUCAACCACCCGACUCUGAACAGCGUGGAUGAAUUCUGUGAGCAGGUAUGGAAAAGGGAGAGGAAGCACAGGAAGCAGAAAGCUCACCUGGUGCAGCAGGUACAGAUACAUCAGCAGCAGCAGCAGCAGCAGAAGGUCGUGGUGAACCCUCUACCCCACAUGCAUGCUCCAGGACUGUCUGCCAAGUGGAAGCACCUGCAAGAGAGACAGAAGGGACGCAACCGCAGGACCCAUGAACUGGAGAGGGCCCCUCGCAGUGUCUAACCUAGAAACUUAGACUUUAAACACCCAACCUGAAAGCACACUCAGCUCUCAUCCUGUAGUCCUGACUAACUUUCCCACUUUUCUCCUUCAUACCAAGAUUCGUCCAUGAGGAUCGAAAAGUUGAUCUGGUAAACUAUCCCGAUCAGAUAGUUGAUGCUUUCGUGCGUGGGCAGCCAUGUUUACAGAACACUAGUUCAGAGGACUGCAGGACGCAGGAUGUUGUAUCACGCCAGAACAUCGCAGCAUAUUAUCUCAGCUGGGGACUGAACACUUCAGAGGGAUAGUGUCAACCAGCGCAAGACCUGCACACAUCCACUCAUGUAGACCUGACUGACUCCAUGUUGACAUCACUGUUUAAAUGGCAUUGUCUAAUGGCAUGCUGUUUAGGUGUGAAACUAAGUAGAUGCCUGAAAAUAAUUUAUUUUCUACUACACAGUUAAGAAAAUAUGAGGUAGUGGGAUUCUGUUAAAAACUGUGCAGAGUAAAUGGACUUGUAUCUGGAUAACAAGCACAAAAUAGGUCAAACUCAAGCACAAUGUUGGAUAUUUGGUCUUUUUUUGGAAGUAAAGGUGGUUAAAUCAGUCAAUAUAGGACAGAUAAAUGCCCAAACGCUGCAAGAAACUAGGGACAUUUACUAUUUAUCAGUAAAUAUGAUAAUGUAGCUAAUAUGUGUAAAUAUUGUACUCUAGGACUUCUCCUCAUAUAAAAGGGAAUGGCUUGCAUUUGUCUUGUUGCUUUUUGUUAAUUCCCUAGAUGGAACUUUAAGAAAAAACAUCUUUGGAAAGCAGAUGUAAACAGGGAGAUAUUGUAUAAAUCGUUGUGUCUACGCCCUAGAUAAGCUUCCCAUAAAUUCAGUCAGGUUUUAUUAUUCUGUUUUGUUUAUCUGCUUUAUUUGACUCAUCAGAUUCCUUCCAAUGUCAGCAGUCCUGUCACAUUUUAUGGGUGUCUGCCUCUUGUGUGUCAUAUCUGCUUCCUUCAUGUUCAUUCUGCUUUGUAAACAUGCAUUUUUUUAACUACAUGUGUAUUUAUUGAUAUACAGAUAUGUAAAUUGUGAAAAUAGUCUUCCAUGUUCAGGCUUUUUUUCUUCCCACUUGCUUUUACACAUUUUUGUUUACACCACCUAUCUAGGUAUCAUCACAAAUACUGUAUUAAAACUACUCUUUUAACAUUUUUUUACACUAAGACCACCGUGCAUAACAUAUCAGACACACUGAGCAAUAACCCAGUGUCCAUACUGAAUAUUUUUCUACAUGGAUUGCCUCUUUUCCAUAUUCUUCACAGGCAGCGCAGUGUCAAAACUUCAUUUCACUGCAUGUAACAUAAAAUUUUCUAAUCAUUACAUUUUUUAUCAUAAAAUACAAACACAACCUGGAAUGUAGCUGUGAACAUUAUGUAAAUAUAAAUACUAUGAUGUAUGUUCUACUAGUAUGACACUGUUUACUAGUGCAUGUGAAUACUAUUGUAGUGCUCCUGUUUUUGCCAUAGUGAUGAUAUACUCGUCUGGUGUUUGUCAGCGUUAUUCUGCGGUAUGUGAUAUUAAAGUUGUACAUACUAUUUCUGUUAGGACUAUGAACUGUAUAAAUGAUAAUUCCUAAAGUAGAUAGUCAUUAAAAUUAUUAAAAAAGACCCACACAGGGUCUUAACGUGGGUUUAAAUAUCUACCAACAACGAACAAUGUCAGCUGAACAUUGCAACACAUCAGUAUGUUUGAUCUUCUUCAGUGUGCGUUUGCAAACCAGAAAGUCUUUUAGUGCAGGAAGUGAAACACCAGAGUCAUGGGACUUUCAAUAGAGAUGUGCAUAUGAUUAGAUCAUUAUCAUUAAAGAGGAAAAAGAUGCCUCACUACAUCUAUUUUGGACAUUCAAUAAAAGUGAGGAAAUGAA